ACAGGGGCAGGCCCGUAACGUACUGCCCUUCGCCCUUCGUCGUAGCGGCUUCAACCUUCUGUUUACGUCCGAACAUUUUCGAAAAUCUAGUAGAAAGAGUGAGAAUGACUGCUGUGCUCACCUAUCCAGUUCAUUAUUGGGAUAUUUAUACCAGGUACCGUGAGGGAGUGAUACGCGCUGUUCUGUACCGGGAAGUAGUCAGUUUCCAUACGUAAAGAUCUGAAACGGUUAGUGCGUUUCCCAAACAGGCUGUAAUAUACCGUGUCACCACCGGCGAACUCUAACUCCCCGCGUUAUAUUUCGCAUGCCCUGAUCCUCCAGGCUCCUCUUUUCGACAUCAACAACAAUAUUUCCAAUGCCGUCGAUGUAUACGGUGCCUCGAGCAAGAGCCUGCCAGAGCUGCGCUGCAGCCAAAGCGAAAUGCGAACCGGAUAUCGGGUAUACAAAAUGCAAGAGAUGCAAUAAACAUGGGCUCGACUGCGUCUUAAAAGAUCCGGCGCCACGCAAGCGUCGGAGGGAAGCGGUGACCAAUGAUGACUGCGUGCCGACACCGAGCCCAAGCCCGCCGAGCGAGUCCACCUUGAGCUUCGCUGAUCUUGUGGAGCUUGAACGGGGCUUAGAAUACUAUCGGACGGCAUUGUUCCAGUAUUUUCCGUUUGUCACGCCUCCGGACCUACGCGAAAGCAGUACCGGAUUCGCCAAAGCCAAGCCCUUCUUGUCUUCGGUCAUUGCCAUGCUCGGGUGUACGCAAGACCGGCGGCGGCAGUGCGAGCUGGCUGCGCAGAAUAGGGCGUACCUAGCGAGCCAUGUGCUUCAACAGGGAGAGAAGUCGUUGGACCUGCUACAAGGCUUGCUGUUGUUGGGCCACUGGUACCACUUUCAGUGGGCAUUACCAAACCAGCGCACCACUCUCAUCCAUCUAGCAAUGGCUAUGGUGGUCGAUCUGGAUUUGAAUCGAUCUCCGUUUACGCGAGGUCGGCUGAUGACGGCAGCGGAUGCCGCCAAUGGCUUUGAAUUGCGUACCGAAGGCCUCACGGACCACACACUGGAACAGAAGCGCACCUUUCUCGGGUGCUUAUAUUUGUCAACGGCUGUAUCCAAGUCCUCUCUAAACAUGGACGCGGUUCGUUUCUCAGAGUAUGCUGAGCGCUGCUGCGAAGUUCUCGAGCAGAGCCCGUUACCUUUCGACCGCGCCGUUGUUUACUUGGUUCGCUUGCAGCAUAUCGUUGAAUUGUUCGGGGUCGCUCGUAGUUCUCUAACCCAGAGCCGAGCAAAAGGCCGCGCUUUCGAACAUGCGUCUCCAAAUAUCAUUGAUCAAGCCGACGGACCUAGGUAUGUCAAGUGUUGGGACCAGCAGCUAGCCGAAUGGUGGAAUGCCAUCCCAAGCAGCGCGCAGACUUAUGUGCUGCGCAUCCAGUACGCCUACGCGCGUGUUUGCUUGUUCGAGUGCUGCUUGGAAGAAUCGCUGUUCCCCUCAGCCCAGGCUCGACUCGGCGUGCUGCGUGAGUGUCUUGCGGCCAUACGGUACUCGAACGAUAUCUUCGUGCCGUUAUCGGAACAGCCAAUGGCACUCUUGGACGUGCCGUCCCAUCUCUUUGCCCAGUCGAACCACACCAUGUUCGUCGCGAUCCAGCUCUGCUCGGUCAAGUGCGGCGACUGGUCCAUGCAGCACGUUGAGCGAAUAUUGGGCAUGGUGGAGAUAUUUGAGCAGACAGUGCAAAGAAUGGAGGGACUGUUCGAGUCAAUGCCAGAGAACCGGAUCCCGGAGUUCUACAAACGGCUCAUUCCGACGGCGAGGGGGUUGAGGAGCUGGUUCGCGGCGAAGAUUCGCAGUAUAGAGGCUGCCGAGCCGCAGCCGGAGGAGGUGCGGGAGCCAGACCGAGGAAUAGAUGAGCUCGACUUCGACUUUCUAGGCCAGUUCUUGAACCUAGAUGACUCUUUUUGGCUUCAAGGCUUAUUGACGGAAGACCAUCCAUCCUCUCACGGUGUGGAAUUCUCCGGAUAAAACGACGUGCGUAACAGCUACCCCGGAGGCCUUCGCGGGUGCGUACAAUGGGACGUAUAAUUCGCGGCGCUAAUCUUACUUGUACGGCGAGCCCUGGGAUCUGGAGAAUUCCCUACCGCAAGAACCAUCAUUCCCGCCGUCAUAGCUUCAUCAACACCGUUGUUGGGGAGAAUCGA